CGCAAAACAACGUUUCAACCCAAUGCCCGAGGACGACCCUACCCUAGGACCACGCUUGCAUGAUCCGGCAAUGCUCGUAGGUACAGUCGCAAGUGUGGCCGUGGCAUACUACGCGUCGCCGUUCCUCCACGGACCAUGGGAGUUCAUUGCGUCAUGGGAUGACUCGAUCAACUUUCUCGACAACACCAUGAUCCAGCAGCCGCUCUCGAUAUCUUCCAUCGUGUCUAUGUUCACCACCGUCAAGAUCAACGUAUACGAACCCUUGUCGUGGCUGCUCAAGGCGCUAGUUCACAGUGUGUGGGGCAUGGAUCCGUUCGCGGUGCGCAUCGUGACGUUGGUCCUCCACUGGGUCAAUUGCUUGGUGUUGUAUGCCACGUCGGCGCGGCUGCUGCGACAGUUGGGCCAGCCCCAUCCGCUCGGAUGCUUCAUCGGCACGCUUCUGUACGCCGUGCAUCCGAUUCACGUCGAAGUCGUGGGGUGGCCGUCCGCCCAGCCAUAUGCCUUGGCCAUGCUGUUCACCCUCCUUUGCUUUUACACGCACCUGCAUGCAUUGGAAUGCACCAGUCCUCAUCACCGCCGCUUCUUUUCCAUCUUGUCUAUGGGUAUGCCACGCGAUACAUCACGUCUAUAUGCGAUAUCGUUCCAGCGACGACACCUCCAGCCGUCUUGUAGGGCUGUACGUGUGCAGUGUCAUGAGCAAAAGCGCGGCCAUCCUCGUUCCGGUUGGCAUCGUUGCCACGGAUAUUGUCCUCUCGACACCACCCCAGCCAUGUUCAUGGAAUCGUCGUGCAACUACCCUAGCGCUUCUUCGAUAUGCCAUCUCCAAAGCUGGAUAUGGCGUGAGCAUGCUAGGUCUGGCAUGUAUGACGGCGGCAGCAAAUGCCGAUGGCGCGAUGGUCGAUACGGACAUCCUCCAUCUUUCAAUGACCCAGCGCUGUGUGAAAGCGGUCGUCGUGCUGCUGUGGCCCGUUCGCAAGUUGCUGUGGCCUACGCCCCUUCGUUACCACUACCAACUGCCGUCGACCUUGCAUGCCUCUUGGAUCGAUAGUCCACUGUGGCUUUUAUCGGCCACGGCCACUGCUGGCAUCACAACCUGGUGUAUCGUUCGAGCUCGAAGAACCCACUCCGUUGCCGCCCUUGCCGCGUGGACGUUUUACCUUGCCAUGCUACUGCCCGUCUCUGGCCUUGUCCAGCAUGGCCUGGUGGUGCUAGCAGCAGAUCGGUACGUGUAUUUCCCAGCUAUAGUGGUCGUGCCAGUCGUUGGCCAGCUGUUCACAUACAUCGACACCAUGUGCUACCCAUGGAAUCGAACGCUGGCCGUGGUCUCGCUGUGCGCCGUCGCACUGUGCCUCGCACAUGUGGCGACGCUCCAGCUCGAGUCAUGGCGCACGGCUGAAGCAGUGUUCCGACACGGAUUAAAGUCCGACCCUACAGAUUGGCGGAUUUUGGAUCAAUUGCAAGAGCUUUUACUGGAAACUCGCCCUGCCGAAGCCACGUUAUACCUCCAGCAAACCCUUCGAUACAGUCCUCGCCAUGGACUCAAAGCCCAGCUCCAGAUUGCAAAGUGUCAUAUGCUCCUCGGUCAGUCCACCGAAGCUUGCGCUAUCUACGAAUCCCUCCAUGAACAAUACCCGACAUACGCACAUGUGCUCAACAACAUGGGCAUCUGCCACUGGAAGCAAGGAAGGCUGCGGGCCGCCCGCGACUUGUUCGUCCGGGCGGCGGCCAACGGCACCGGCCUCACGCGCGGGGACCAGUCGCCACAGACCAACAUCAUCCUCGUGGAUGCAUGGGACCCCAGGACUCCCGUCGUUGCUCGCAUCAUGUGGUAAAAUGAUGAAAGCCACCCCACAUGACAAGUAUUUUGUUUCGUAUGCAGUUAAAUACUGUGAAAAUGACCCUAACCUUCAC